AUGAAGCCCCCACAGCGGCGGCGAGCGGCCCCGGCGCGCUAUCUGGGUGAGGUGACCGGCCCCGCGGCCUGGAGCGCCCGCGAGAAGCGGCAGCUGUUACGACUACUGCAGGCGCGACGAGGCCAGCCGGAGCCGGACGCCGCCGAGCUGGCCCGGCAGCUGUCGGGCCGGAGCGAGGUCGAGAUCCGGGACUUCCUCCGGCAGCUCAAGGGCCGAGUGCUCCGAAAGGCCACUCAGAGGAUGCAUCCAGGUGGCCCACAGGGUCCCAGGCGCCGGGAAACACAGACCCCGGCCCCCAUCGAGGUGUGGAUGGAUCUGGCUGAGAAGAUAACAGGCCCGCUGGAGGAGGCCCUGACCGUGGCUUUCUCACAGGUGCUCACCAUCGCGGCCACGGAGCCCAUCAGCCUCCUGCACUCCCAGCCCCCCAAGCCCACGCAGGCUCGUGGAAAGCUACUGCUCCUCAGCGCCCCUGGAGCGCAGGAGGACCUGGGCCCUGAGGCUCCUGGCCCCGCCCCUGAGGCCGCUGGACGGCAGGAGUCUCCUGGCCCCGCCCCCAAGACACAAGGCCCUGCCCUUGAGGCAUCCUCUGAGUCCCUGGCUGGCCCGUCCGCUGAGGAAGACUUUUCUGUGGACUUCGAGAAGAUCUACAAGUACCUGUCGUCCAUCUCCCGCGGCGGCCAAGGCCCCGAGCUUUCCGCAGCUGAGUCAGCUGUGGUCCUUGACCUGCUCAUGGCACUUCCUGAGGAGUUGUCCCGCCUGCCCUGCGCCGCCCUGGUUGAACAUAUGUCAGAUAUGUACCUACACCUGAUGGCCCCCCAGCCCGACCCUGCCAGUGGGGGCCUGGGGUCUGGGGCUGAGGAUGACGGGACAGGUUCCAGGGGGCAAGAGGAGGCUGGCCAGGCCACUCCUCAGGCCCCCCAGAAUGCUGGGCCCAGCGAACCGAUAUCCACUUGGCAAGCAGCUGGGAUCUGCCCCCUGAACCCAUUCCUGGUACCCCUGGAGCUUCUGGGCCAGGUGGCCACCCCUGCAAGGUGA